AUGACCUCCUUCAACUUCUCCACCUGGCCUCCACAUCUAAUUCCAGAGCAAUUAGAAGCUCUGACGCUCGCCGCAACAACAUAUGCGCUCUCGCACGGAUUGCUAUACCUUCCACCUUCGCAACUACCAUCCAAUACCCAACCAUGCAUACCAACCACCGCAAUCCAUGCCCCACUCUCACUCAUUCCCGCACCCUUUCCCCGUGCGCAAUUCCAAGCUGCAAGAGAGCUACAGAGUGUAUAUAAUGUGCUCUAUGCACGCGUAGCGAUGGAUACCCAAUUCUUAGAUACAGUGAUGGGCGCCGAGCAGGGCGUAGGAAAGGCGGAUGAGUUCACAGGGACGCUCUGGAGGGGGUGGAAGAAGAUAAGGGAGGACGGUGUCCGAGCACAACCAUUGCACCUGGGCUUGUUUAGAUCAGAUUAUCUGUUACACGCUACGGAAGAUAGACUUGCACUGAAGCAAGUUGAAUUCAAUACCAUAUCUUCAUCCUUUGGUCCACUUUCUGAGCGUGUGGCUGCUAUGCAUAGAAAUAUCCUGGCAUCUACCUCCUACUUUUCUGCAUCUCCACAUCUUACUGCAGAGAAUUUCCCAGAGAAUAGCACCACCUCCGGCCUCGUUGAAGGUCUUUCCAAGGCUCAUGAAGCGUAUGGCGUUCGAGACGCGCGCAUCCUGUUCGUCGUGCAACCAAAUGAACGCAACGUGUUCGAUCAACGAUGGUUAGAGUACGAAUUGCUCGAGAAACUAACACGGUGGGACAGACAUCAAAUCCACGUCAUACGUCAAACAAUCGCCGACCUAACCGCCUCUGCGUCCCUCGACCCCUCUACGCACGCACUGUUACUCACCUCCCCGACUAAUCCCUCACCAUACGAAAUCUCCACGAUCUACUUCCGCGCAACCUACACCCCAUCUGACUUCCCGUCACCUUCUUACUAUGACACGCGUUUCCUCCUAGAGCGCAGCCGCGCCAUCAAAUGCCCCUCUCUUCCCCUCCAACUAGCAGGCGGAAAGAAAGUCCAAGAAACACUCACGCGCCCAGGGGUACUCGAGCGCUUCCUCAGUAACGAAGGCGCAAAAUGGGGCGCACGCGCCCUCGAUCUCACAGCGCAUGCAGCAAACAUCCGGGCCACCUGGAUGGGCAUGUGGGCGCUUGACUCAGAGGAUCCUGAUAUUGCCGCUGCGCUCGAUCACCUCCCUGCUUCGGGACAAGAACAGAACGUACCGCCCGGAACACGUCUUGCGCUCCUGAAGGCCCCGUCGCUCGUGUUAAAGCCCCAGCGUGAAGGAGGUGGGAACAAUGUCUACCGUGAAGCCAUUCCUGCGUUCCUAGACACUCUGCCCGCUGAAGAGCGCGAAGCCUGGAUCGCAAUGGAGAUGAUCGAGACGCCACGCGGGGUAAGCGGUUACCUCGUACGCGCAUCUCCCUCGAGUUCAGCUACAGAUAACGGGAGCAUAGAGAAGAAAGUUGUACGAGCAGAGGUUAUCUCUGAACUAGGUAUCUUUGGGUAUGCAUUAUUUGGAGAGGGAGAGGUGGUAGAGAGGGAGGUGGGAUGGCUUGUCAGGACCAAGGGUACAGAGAGUAACGAGGGCGGGGUUGCGGCUGGGUUUUCAGUAUUGGAUAGCGUGGUGCUUGUUUGA